CGCGAGGACUCAAUACGUUUUUUAAUUACCGCUUAUCUUUUAACUUCUUGCCCUCCUGGCUGCACUCCUGAAUCCUUGAACUGUGAAUGUCACAGCAGCAAGGUCGCCAGCCACAGUAUCCGUACUACUCUCCAACCGUUGCAGCGGCACCUAGCAAGGCUCUGCACGCCGCGCAACAGCAGCCUUCCGCACAGCUUAAAGAACUUGUAGCAGCAAACGUUAACAAGCUCCGGGAGCUACGUUCCGCCCUCAAGAAAGACGAUUGGUAUUACGAGGCUCCUAGGCACACUCUUCGCUGAGCUCUCCCCCGAAAGCUCCCGCCCGAGGGUCCCUAGGCCUCCGAAUCCACGCUUAUGUCCGCAGCUGCUGCGGGGCCCGCUUCCAGCUACGUGCCCUACUCCAAACGGCCGGAAUGGGCUGACGUGGUGCCGGUACUGCUCGAGCCCCAGCGUGUGGUGGCCAUCCAGUAUACGGCAGAACAUGCGGAUGCGUUCUCGUACUUUCGUGCCGUACUGCGCUCAAAGGAGCGCAGCGAGCGGGUGCUGCGGCUGACAACUGACCUGAUCCGUUUUAAUCAGGCAGACUACACGGCAUGGAGGGUCAGGUGGGAGUGUGUGGAGGCGCUGGGCCCCGCCGCGCUGGCGGGUGAGCUGGACUUCACGCACGCGGUGAUGCUGGAGAGCGCCAAGAACUACCAACUGUGGAACCACCGUCGGCUGUGCGCGUUGAAGCUGGGUCCGAGCUCCGCGGACCGGGAGGAGGAGUUCACGCGGGAGGCCAUCAACUUCGACGAGAAGAACUACCACGCCUGGGCGCACCGGCAGGCCAUUGUCAAGAUGACGGGCCGCUGGCAGGCGGAACUGGAGUUCGCUGCCGAGCUCAUCUCCCGUGACGUGCGCAACAACAGCGCAUGGAACCAGCGCAUGUUUGUGCUGCAACACAUGCCGCGACCGGGGACCGAUGACGCCGCAUGGCUGCGCAGCGAGCUGGAGUACGUAGCAACCGCCAUCCACCGCGCCCCGCGCAACGAGUCCCCCUGGCGCUACCUCACCGGCCUCUUCGCCACGCUGCAGCCCUGGGCCUCGCAGCCCCGCGCGCUGUCGCGCUGCCCCGAGGUGCACACCAUCUGCACCGAAGCCCUCAACGACUGCCCCUCCUGCUCCUUUGCGUUGGACGUGAUGGCGCAGUACUAUGAGGGGCUGGCGGCGCUGGGGGCGGCGCGGCUGGCGGCUGAGGUGCAGCGGGGGCAGGCGGCGGGGCCGGAGGCGGCGGCGGCGGUGGUGGAGGAGGUGGUGCCGGCGUUGGUGGGGGCGGUGCUACAGGCGUGUGAGGCGGCGCAGGCGGCUCUGGAAGAGGCUGGAGUGGCGGACCCUAUGCGCGGACCCUACUGGUUCCAUCGACAGCGUUCCGUGGCGCACAUAGUUUCGGCCUCAACUUCUUUGCUGACGUGAUGUGGAUACGACGAAGGAAGGAAAAGGGAAGUGCUGGCGCUCGGGAGUCCUAUGAAAGAGGAAGCGGUUGAGCGCCUGUGGUGGAAACCGCGCGAGGGAGACGCGGUUUCGGGGCUUUCUGGAAUUGUAGGAAAGCAACGAAGGACUGUAAACCAUAAGCUAACCGCAAGCUAUUGUGUACUGUCUACAUUGAAUAAAAGUGCUCUAAAGCCUUACAACCUGCACCGGCGUUGUACUUUCUGAAAACAUGUUGGCGAAAUUCACCGCAUCCCCCUGCAAGCCUAUCCAAGUCGCCCGCGCCAGUCGCCGUGUAGUCGUCUGCCAAGCGUCCUCUAGAGCAGCAAACCAACUGAAGGCUGCAGCUGCAGCGGUUCUCUUGACAAGCGGCUUAUCAGCUGGACCUGCUCUCGCUAAUGGCGUUGCGUUUGCGAACAUUGCGUCGGGUUCGACCGUUGCCUCGCCAGUCCACCUGGAAUUUUCUGUGCAAGGACUUUCAGUGAAGCCAGCUGCCGAGGGUGUCAUUCCAGGCACGGGCCAUUACCACCUCAUCAUCGACGCCCCGGGAGUCGACGAAGGCACCGCCAUUCCCUUUGACGACCUGCAUAAGCAUUAUGGCAAGGGCCAGACCUCCGCCGAAUUGGAGCUGCCUGCCGGCACGCACACCCUCACGCUUCAAUUCGCCAACGCCGUGCACGAGUCCUACGGCCCAGCUUUCACCAGCACCAUUACCCUCAACGUGCAGCAGUGACGACAUGGCGCUGUGCGCUUGAAGUUGAAGGUGUUUGCAGGGGAGAUGCCAUGAGAGCGGGGUCGUCAGUCGAACAGGCGGUUUGUAACGGAGUACAGGCUUUACUCUGGAAGGGAAACUACAGUUGAUAACUAUGUGAGCACGGCUUGAUGCAUGGGUUGUCGUUGCUGGAGAUUUACGUGCGUGCAGUAGGGGACAAGGGCCGUCAUCUUCCUCAAAGCUUAAAAAGGAUUGUUAAGGAUGGGAACCCAUGAUGCCCAUUGGAAUGACGGGGCAUGGUUACCUGUGAGCUGUGACCCCAUGGCACCCGCUUAGCUGACAUCCCUUGCCGGAGACGCUAACACCCGUGUUGGUAUAGUCAUGGCAGUUGUGUCGGUACGGGCAUCGCUCCCUCGAGGCCCCGUCGCGACGGGGGCUCCGCCCCCAAAACCUUUAAUUGGGCAGCUUGUUUAACUCUACCGUUUAACAUGCGAUGUAUGACGACCAACUCGUUCGAAAUCCGUCGGACACUCAAGCUGUCACGCACGAUCCUGUGUACGCGCAGGCAACACGUUUGGCUCGAGUACGCCAUGAAUUUGGUUUUGCGUUCCUGGCCGUUCAUUACCGGGUAAUUUGCACUGGAAAUGAUGCAGCUCGGCGUGUUUUAUAAACAGGAACGGGUGAGGACUUGGUGGCAAGAUGGAUGAUAGGAGCCAACUGCUUCAGCGCACUGAUGCGGCUGUCCGCAUUACCAUGCAGCAACGCUGUCCUCCUGGCAUGUAGUAUGCCAAAUUGGGUUCCUCGUGUUCGGGUUUGUGGUCAGUCGGCUACACGCACUUUGCAAGCUUGCUCUGGCCGUACCUCAUCAUGGGGACAUUUCCGCGGGACGAUCCCCCUAAAAUUACUUUUUUAUUGACAAGCAUAUCUCGCCUUCCUUGUUGUAAACGGUUCAUCAUAAAGUGAACUCGUUGCCUCGGAGGAAUCCGUACAGCUUGUACUGCCGAAGCCGCAGCUGAUUGAUAGAGUACAGGUCAGGAUAUAUCUUGAGUCGUUCACGACUUGUUCAGUGUAUAGUAGCAAAACGCUGGUGCUAAAGACUUUCUUGACCUUCUAGACGCUUUCCAUCCUUUCACUUGCGGCAGUAAGCAACAAGAUGGGCGGAGGCAACGGUCAAAAGUCUGCUAUGCGCAGGGCAAAGAAGCUAGAGGAGCAGCAGGGAGCGAACAAAGGCAGCCAACUCAAGUCCAACGCCGCCUCUAUGACCCUAAAGUGCAACGUCUGCAUGACUGCGUUUGUAUGCACAACAUCAGAGAAGCUAUUGCGGGAGCACUGGGAAAACAAGCACCCUAAACAGCCCAUCGAGGCCGCCUUCCCCCACCUGAAGAGCUAGCGUUGUGGCAGAUUGCUGGAUGGCGUAGGUUGGGCACUGGGCAGGCGUUACAACAGCUACCGCAGUUCGGUGUACCCUUGUGGGUAGAUGCUAGGAUGGAGCGCUGUAACGCGCUGCAUGUAGCUAAACGUUAGAGGAGGAUUUGGAGCUGGAUGGGGCGGCAGGCUGUUAUCAGCUGCAGGAGUACAUACCGAGGUUUUUUUCAAGAGCGUGAGGUUUGGAGCAGAGGCGAGCUAUGAGUGAAUGGUAGUGGCCUGUUGAUGGCCUGUUGGAGGGGAGAGGGCGGAUCAGCGGCACCGGCCCACUGGGUGUUGACGUUGUAACCACC